CAUGGCUGCAAUGGAAUUGGAGGCAUUAUUCUAUAGAAAACGUAAUAUCGUUUAUGCCUUUGUACGUCAUCGUUUCUUUUUGAUGUGCAAACAAUCGUUGGUCCGUGUGCAAUCUCCGGAAGGCAUUAAACGUAUUGAAAUCUCACCGAAGGCAAAUCUAAAGGAUCUAUUCGAGUCGGUGCAGAAAGUCUUAAAAGUCGAUGGAUUUGGUCUGUUCAAGGAAAGGAAUCUAACCAAGGAGAUCUAUUCACAUACGUCACAAGAGGUGGGCAGUGUACUGAAACAUGGCGAUAUGAUAUAUUUGAAACAAAUGGCUGGUACCUCAUCAAGGCGUACCAGUACCACAGCAAUUGAUAAUUUUACCAGUGUUAAGGCCAUUGCAAAUUCUGCAGCAAAUAGUAGUGAUUUUAAACCCUCUGCCGCUAUACAAGAGGAUGAGGUUGAUAUUCUGCUGGCCAAGGAGGAUGGUCUAAUAAAACGUGAAAGGGAUAGCAAAUUAUGCCGACAUGCCGCCAAUGGCUGUUGUGUUCAUUGCUCACCGCUCGAGCCGUACAAUGAAAAUUAUCUCAAGGAACAGAAAAUCAAACAUUUAUCCUUCAAUUCGUAUAUACGCAAACAAACAUCGGGCAUUGAUCGUGGCAAAUAUAUGGUCUUCGAAGAUAUUAAUUGUCGCAUUAAACCCGGCUGCCGUGAGCAUCCACCAUGGCCCAAGGGCAUUUGUUCGAAAUGUCAACCAUCGGCCAUUACAUUAAAUCGUCAAAUUUAUCGUCAUGUCGAUAAUGUGAUGUUCGAAAAUACCACCAUUGUAGAGAGGUUUCUAAAUUAUUGGCGUACAACUGGACACCAAAGAAUGGGUUUCCUUUACGGUACCUAUGAAGUUAACACGGAUGUACCGUUGGGCAUACGCGCCAAGGUGGCGGCAAUUUAUGAACCACCCCAGGAAUCAAGUCGGGAUUCAAUUAAAUUGCUAACCGAUGAAAAUGCCGAUGAUGUUGAAGAGGUGGCCAAGGCAUUGGGUUUGAAAAAGGUUGGUUGGAUUUUCACCGAUCUCAUUACCGAUGACCCGGCUGCAGGUACUGUGAAACAAAUACGUGGCAUACAAACCCAUUUCCUUACAGCUCAGGAAUGCAUAAUGGCUGGUGAAUUACAAAAUCGUCAUCCAAAUCCAUGCAAAUACGCUUCGAAUGGUGUAUUUGGUUCGAAAUUUGUUACAGUUUGUGUAACCGGCGACAGCACUAAACAAGUCCACAUGGAGGGCUAUGCUGUAUCGGCUCAAUGUAUGGCCUUGGUGCGUGAUAAUUGCCUAUUACCCACCAAAGAUGCCCCUGAACUAGGCUAUGUACGAGAAUCGACUGAUAAACAAUAUGUUCCAGAUGUUUACUACAAGGAAAAAGAUCAAUACGGCAAUGAGGUACAACGUUUGGCACGUCCACUACCCGUUGAAUAUUUACUUGUCGAUGUGCCAGCAUCGACGCCGUUGCAACCGCAAUUCACUUUCUCCAAAUAUGACAAACGACAACCAUUCCCCGUGGAAAAUCGUUAUUUGGAUGGCCACUUGCAGGACUUUAACGCCUUGAGCGCCUAUCUAUCCCAGUGGGAUGAUGAAGAUUUCCUUGAAGCCAUAUCCGAUUUUCAUUUGCUGGUCUAUUUGUUUAAAAUGGAUAUGUUGCCAAUGCGUCAGCAUAUGAUGCCACUGCUGGAGGCGGUACGCAAUAAGAAUCCCAAUAUGGCCUAUGCCUUUAAGAAGGAGGAGGUGUGGAAAUUAUUGGAAUCGCUGAUACAGGCCAGUUCAAGUGGUAGUGGGGGCACCACAAGUUAUCCCUCGUCAUCCUCCACAAAUCGUGCUGGUGCCGGUGGCUCCUCAUCCAAUGCCAUGGAUAGUUCUGGCAUCGAUGGCAACACCUGGACCUGUAAUCAUUGCACCUUUAUCAAUAGCAGUGAAUUGUCAUCCUGUGAAAUUUGCUCUCUGCCCAGAUAGAUUUCC